AGCGCCUUUCUUCUAGGGCCAUUUUCUCUUUCUCUCUCGGUCUCGUCGUAGUCUGAAAUAAGUCCGUAUGUUUAGCGUCAGGGGCUCGCCCGAUUCGGAGGGAAGCGAUCGGGUCGCGAAAAGCUCGCUCGCCCACUCUGGAGGAGGCGCGGGCGAAGAAGGCAAAAUAGGCGCCAAAACCACCAUUUCCUCGGCGGUCGCCGGAACCCACGGAGCGCCGACUCUCCGCGCUCCCUCGCCCUCCCGGCGCCGACUUCGCGAAGAUCCGUACACAGAGGCGGAGCACCGGACUCAGAUGGCCGGCAUGUAUAUCCUCGACGAUCACGAUUCCCUUCUCCGCUCCCCCCACUGCGAUCACGAAGCCGAGGCGACCACCCCCGUUUCCCUCGAUCCCGUUCCCCGUCCCCGCCCCCUAGGGUUUCCGAGGCUCCUCUCCACCUCGACCUCUCCUCCUCCGCCCCGCCCGUGGCAGCGGAGGUACCUCGGCCAACAAGGGGGGAGCCGCUUCGGGCGGAGGGUGCUCGACGCGGCAGCGGUGGACGAGAUACAUGGGGAGACGACGGCGGAGCUCACUAAGGGGCGAGGCGGCGAGGCGGCGAGCCCCUCGUCGUCGGAGUCGAGGAAGAGGAAGAGGAAGAGGGAUCUCGAGGAGAUGGUGAGGUGGGUGAGGGACGUCGCCGCCAAUCCCUGCGACGAGUCCAAGGUCGUGAAGGAGCGGAAGCGGCAGAUCCUGGUGGCGCGGCGAGCUAUGUUCGUGAAGGUGGAGGAGCUCACCGACGUGGAGGAGUUCCCUAACUUCUCUGGGGAAACUGUGUUGUUUGCUCCUGUGAUCCUUUCAUGCAGGAAAAGGCAGAAAGCAAGCGGCUGGUCAUUGGAAGAACAACACAAGAAACCACCACAGGUACCAUUACGGAGAUCCCAGAGAAUACCUAAAAUAGUUAAGAUUGCAUCCACUUACCUCGUGAAGAAAAAACUUGGAAGGGGUGAACAAUUUCAGGCCGAUAUACUGGAGUGGAGAGGGCCCCCGUCAGAGAAAGACAUUUCUGGGUACAAAGAAGAUCCGAAUACCUUGAAGUGGGUAGGCAUGCGAGUCUGGCCAGUAGAUGGAGCUGUAAUAGAAACUAGUGUGGCAGAGACUGGAAAAGGAAGGCUGGAUAUGUGUGAUUGCCCCUUUCCAAGAUCCAUGGCUUGUGUCAGAUGUCAUAUAAGAACGGCAAGGAAUCAACUCAAGUCUGAGUUGGGUCCAGCUUUCUCAAGUUUGGGUUUUGAUAAGAUGGGAGAAGAAGUUUCUAACUUGUUAACUCGUAACGAGCAGAUGAGGUUUAAUGCUCUUGAGCGACUGAAUCCUUCGUCACUAGGAAAGACUUUUUGGGGCAUUGUAUCGAAGCAUUUCAACUCAAAGAGCUUGACAGAAUUGGUGAACUAUUUCUUCAAUGUUUACCUGCCGAGGCGAAUGGGCAACCAGAGCAGAUUGACUCCUUCAGAGGUUGAGAGUGAUGACGAUGAUGAGGAGGAAGAUGAUGUUGAGGAACCCCAGGACGAUGCAGACAUGGGAAAAUCUGUUGAGGCUUCAAGUUCUGGCUCUUCUCGAAGGUCUCAAAAGGCAAGGAGGUCGUGAGAUUCUGCUGUUGACUCAGGAUAUACUUCAGUAACAGGAUCUCAGCAUUACUUUAGCUUUCUAGACAGCCCUCUAGCAAGAGAUUCUUCUCAUUUGAAUUUCAUGACAGUAGAGUCUUAGUGGUUAUGGGUCCAAUUUUGCAGUACAGAAGGCUCAUAAUCCAUGAGGCUCAGAUCAUUAGGUAGGGUGUUUUUUGGGAGCUAAAAUCACCCCUAACAAUUACAUUGGAAGGAUUAUGAGGCUCAGAUCAUUAGUUAGGAUGUUUUUCGGGAGCUAAAUCACCCCCUAACAAUUACAUUGGAGGUAAGCGCCGGCAAGUGUUAAGGUGGAGAGUCAUUUUUUCACUGUACAGGUGACCAAGAAACAAGACUGGUGGAUGAGAGAAAGCUCAUACUUGCUGUUAUACUCUUUCUUGAGCAAUUUUGUCAAAGUGUUGUUAGUUGGAUUCUGUUUAUUGCAAUUGAAAACAACCUGGACAAUUUCUAUUAAUUUUCUUCUUGGACA